AUUACAACUCACUGAAAUAGCUUCAAAUCUGUUGCCAAUCAGCGUGUGUACACCCCACGACCGAAUUCUACUAGUUUGUCUGAUUUUAUACGUGUUUUCCGCUAGUUCUACACCCUUGUACAAGCUAAUAUAGCCUUUCCCACUACCAUUAACUAUGGCCAGUCAACAGGAUCCGUGGAACUCACAACGGCCUUUGGGUCAACAGUUUAAUCGUCAACAUCCUCCGGUGUUACCCCCACCGGCCUCCUUAGAAACAGGCGGCCAAUUCUACCCUCUCCCCAGCUUAGCCAGCUUGGGUAACCCUCAGGGUCACAGCUUUAGUAUUCCAUCAAUUAACUCCAAUGACUCUGAUCCCAAUAGACCUCAAGAUAUAAGAAGAACUUCUGGUUCAGCCACUCAAUUACCUCCCCCAGCAUCAAUUGCUCCUGAUCCUCAAUCUCAAGUACCUCCACCUCCACCUCAAUCUCAAGGUCCACCACCUCCACCUCAACAACCAAUUGCUGGAAUUCCUAAUAGAUCAACUACUACCAGUGUAUAUCGUCCAUUAAAUGUUAAAGAUGCCUUAUCAUAUUUAGAUCAAGUUAAGAUUCAAUUCUAUAAUCAGGCGGAUGUAUACAAUAACUUUUUAGAUAUUAUGAAAGAUUUUAAAUCUCAAAGUAUUGAUACUCCUGGAGUUAUUGAUCGAGUCUCCAGUCUCUUUCGUGGUCAUCCUAAUUUGAUUCAGGGCUUUAAUACUUUCUUACCUCCUGGGUAUAGAAUCGAAUGUUCUUUAGAUCCUUCUGAUCCUAAUCCUAUUAGAGUCACAACUCCUACGGGGACCACUACGAGACCUAAUCUUGAUAUGACUCAGAGAUGGAAUGGUGAACCAGUACAACAACAGGCACAAGCACAAGCACCACUACCACCAACUCAACAACAGCAACAACAACAACCAUCGCAAGACGAUGUCAACCAGCCCGGUGGCCAGAUUGAGUUCAACCAUGCCAUUUCAUAUGUCAACAAGAUCAAAACAAGAUUUGCUAAUCAACCGGAUAUCUAUAAACAAUUCUUGGAGAUUCUUCAAACCUACCAACGUGAACAGAAACCCAUUAGUGAAGUAUAUGAACAAGUGACAGUAUUAUUUGCCAACUCCCCUGAUCUUCUUGAUGACUUUAAACAAUUCUUACCGGAUACUUCUAAUCAAGCAUAUCCUGCACAAGUGGCUGCACCAUCUGAUGGUUAUUAUAAUGGUACUGGAGCUGGAGCUGGAACUGCAACUGGAUCUGGUCCAUCUCAAUUACCUCCUGUAGGUAAUUUCCAACAACCACCUUCAGCAGGUUAUAAUGGACCUCAAGGUCCUUAUGGACAAAUGACUUAUCCUCCAACUACAGGUAGUCCUGAACCUCAUGAAGAUAUGAGGAAAAAGAAGUCUGUAUCUGAAGGUUAUGCCUAUGAUACUAAUUAUAAUCAAGAAGCUCAAGUGUCUGGCGUAAGGUCCGGUAUUCAACCAGUUGGUAAGAUUAGUUCUAAAUCUCCUGGAGCUAAAAAUGGACCUGGUAUUACUGGUACCAAUACCUCCACUACCACUACCAGUACUACUAGUACUAUUGGUACUACCUCUACCACUACAGUAGCUAAUACAGCUGCUCCAACUUUAGUACCUGGAAUUCCAGAACCAGUACCUGCUUCAGGUACAGUUAAUGUAUCAUCACUUCUGGAAGAAAUCUCAUUUUUUGAUAAAGUCAAGAAAGCCAUUGGCAAUAAACAAACUUAUAAUGAUUUCCUUAAAGUCUUAAACCUUUUCUCUCAGGAUAUCAUUGAUAAACAUACAUUAAUUGAACGAGUUGAAGGAUUUAUUGGAGAUACACAUCCCGAUUUACUUAAUUGGUUUAAAAUCUUUGUUGGUUAUGAAGAGAAACCCCUUCAUAUCGAGAAUAUCACCUUUAAGAAACAUCAAUUAGAAUUAUCUUUAUGUAAAGCUUAUGGACCCUCAUAUCGUCAAUUACCUAAAGCAGAAACUUAUAUGCCAUGUUCAGGUCGAGAUGAAAUGUGUUGGGAAGUUCUUAAUGAUGAAUGGGUUGGACAUCCUACUUGGGCUUCAGAAGAUUCAGGAUUUAUAGCUCAUCGUAAGAAUCAAUAUGAAGAGAUUCUCUUUAAGAUUGAAGAAGAACGAUUAGAAUUUGAUUAUUAUAUGGAAUCUAAUUUAAGAACCAUUCAAACUUUAGAAACUAUUGCUAAUCGGAUAGCUAAUAUGAGUCCUGAACAAAAGGCUAAUUUUAAAUUACCUCCUGGUUUAGGACAUAAUUCCACAACUAUCUAUAAGAAAGUUAUUCGGAAAGUUUAUGAUAAAGAUCGAGGAUUUGAAGUGAUUGAUGCUCUUCAUGAGAAUCCUGCUAUAGCUGUUCCUAUAGUACUUAAAAGACUUAAACAAAAGGAUGAAGAAUGGAAGAGAGCUCAACGAGAAUGGAAUAAAGUAUGGCGAGAAAUGGAACAGAAGGUAUUUUUCAAAUCUCUUGAUCAUUUGGGAUUAUCAUUUAAACAGGCUGAUAAGAAACUCUUGACGGUUAAACAAUUGGUUAGUGAAAUAAGUACCGUUAAAGUCGAACAACAGAAUAAGAGAUUACAUCCAUUAACUCCUAAACCUCAAGAACAAUUACAGUAUACGUUUGGUGAUGAACAAGUGCUCUUUGAUAUCUUGAAAUUGGCUGAUGUGUUCAUCAAUAGAACAUCCAAUUAUAGUUCGAAUGAUCGAGAAAAGCUUAGUCAAUUCUUUCAAUUCUUUGUAUCUCUCUUCUUUGGUAUUCCACCUGAAGUUGUUGAGAGUGGAGUAGCUUCUAGAGGCAAAGUUGAGAAGGAAAAGGAGAAAGCUGUUGAAAGAGAACGAGAAAGAGAUUCAGAGACUGAUGAUAUUCUGGAAUCUUCAGAUAGUACAGUCAAUUCCAAAAAGAGAGGUAGAGAAUCAGACUUGUUACGGAAUGUGCUUAAGAAACAAUCGACUAAAUCCAAGAAAGAAGAUCGUGGUGAUUCUCCUACACCUCAAGCUGCUGUGGAAGAAGAUAAUGAAGUUCUUGAUGAACUUGAGAAGUCGAGUGAAGUAUGGAUUAAGACUGCCAACACCAAAUUCUCGCUUAAGUAUGAUGGAAUCCAAGAAACAGCUAGAGAUAAGUAUAUCUUAUUCUGUAAUACCACCAUCUACGUAUUCUUCCGUCAUUUACGAACACUUUACGAUCGAUUAUUGGAAGUUAAGAGUAUGAAUGAAGUGGUUAGUAAAGAGAUACGUAAUCGUAAACAUCCUCAAUUCGCUAAGGAUUUGAAUUUAUUACCUCAUCAACUUGAAGAUAUGGGGAUAGAAAUUGUCGGCACUAAGAAUUGUUAUAAACAAGUAUUGGAAUUACUGGAACGAUUAAUUGAAGGAGAUAUUGAUCAUCAAUGGUAUGAAGAAACCUUACGUCAAGGUUAUAGAAACAGAGCCUAUAAGUUAUAUACGGUUGAUAAAGUAGUUCAAGCGUUAGUUAAACAUAUGCAUAGUAUGAUUAGUGAUUCUCGAACUUCAGAAAUGAUGGUAUUAUUUGAAAGUGAUCGUACUAAUCCAACAUCUACAGCUAAGGAUCAAAUACUUAAUAGAAUGCAUGUAAGACUGCUUAUGGCCAGUGAUGAACAUAUGUUUAAAAUCACUUAUCAACCUCUGACUACGAGUGUUAAUAUUCAAUUUGUUGGAUUGGAUGAUUUAACCAUUAAUGAUCAUGAGAAUGCUGAAGAAAAGUAUAAUUAUUAUGUUACCAGUUAUAUUAUGCUGCAUCCUACAGAAGGUGUAGCUGCAUCUAAACUUAAUAUGCCAUUUGCUCGAUCAUUUAUUGAUGCUGUGGAUGAAGAUCAAUGUGUAGGCCGAGCUUAUUCCGGAUUAAAAGUAUCGAUUUGUGAGAAUUCUUAUCGACUCUUCUUUGAAGCCAAUAGUCAUGAUGAGUUUAUUGCUGACUCUGUAUAUACGAGAAAGCCCGAAGAACCUUCUCGUAAGGAUAAGGUAGAGAUGUUACGUAAGUUGGUGGAUGAUGAAGAAGUGGGGUGGAAGAAGAAUGGAGGAGAUGGAGAUGAGGAGAGAGUGAGGGUGUUGUUUGCUAAGGGAGUCAAGGCAUACAGAGAGGCUGUUGAAGCUGCGGAAGCCACUGAGGCAGCCGAGGCAGUAGCUGAAGCUGAAGCUGAAGCCGAAGCAGUAGCCGAAGCAGAAGCUGUAGAGGCUAAGGCAGUAGAGGCCAAGGCAGUAGAAGCCAAAGAAGCAGCAGUAGAAACUGCUCCAGCCACUACAGCCACGACCACAGGAGCCACAGACGAUACCACCAUCCAGGACGCCAACGACACCACGGCCGACGACACGGCGCACUCGGUCGAGAGUUAGUUAAAGUAGUAGUGUUAUUAU